AUGCCACGACUUGUUCUGUACGCGCUCUACCUUCUUGGGGCUGCUUACAUUUGCAAUGCCAGCUUUUCGUGUACCACGGCAGACAGUAGCCAUUACUCUUGUACUCGUGACGUAAUUCUAGCCAUUGAUGCCACAUCAAAUAUGGUAACGAAAGACAAUAUCCGCGCGGAAUUCGACUUUAUCGAAAACUGGAUUCUUCCGCGGCUUGACAUCCGUAAAGGGUUCGUGGACGUUGGAGUAACCGCAUACGGUACUGGCUCAACCACCAUUUAUGACUUCAACUACAAUAGACAGCAAAUAUGUGACAAUAUGGAAAAACUCUGGAAUAAUGUCGACAUCGAUUCGGCCAGUAAUGUACCGCUGUCAAGAACGAUCCGGAACUUGUUCAACAAUUUUGGUUUUGACUACACAUCGCUUGUACUAUUCACAGGUGAUAGAGAACAAGCCGACGUGGAUGCUGCUGGAGCUCAAGUGGAAUUUUACAUUGAAAAUCGGUUGGCGUUGAACUUCUCCGUUGUCGUAGUCAACUAUGGGAACUGCUCGUUUAACAGUUGGCCUCAGAUGCACACAAACACGUAUGACGCCAAGACCAUCAAUGUCGACCAGCUGUCGAAUUACGUGGACGAUUCUAUUUGUACACCUUCUGAUCCUUCAUCCACUCCUCUACCUACCAUACCUGAACACCUCACGACAACUGCCAAUAUCCAGCCAACACCAGAGCCCACGCCUACUGUACCCAGUUUACCUGUAGCGAACAUCAACAACACCGGAUGCAACUGCGUUCUGAAAACUGUCUGGCUUGACGUCUUUCUUCUUAUGGAGGCUACCACAGCCAUGACUCCUGCUGGAAUAACCUCAGCAACUGACUACGUCGUGUCAGCAUUCACAAAAGUUACCGUUGGACAAGCUGAACAAUACCAAACCCGAUUUGGAGUUAUUCGUUACGCAAGUAGUGUGGAUCUGAUUGCUGACCUGAACGUUUAUACUUCGACAGCAGAUCUAUUCGACCUUUCAAUAUCNUCUUUGAACGAGACCGGCACCAAUAUCGAAGGAAGCGGUGGAUACAACGAUCCCACACAAGCAGCAAACGAAUUCCGUGAGGAUGGCGGCACAAUCAUCACCAUCGAAUAUGCACAAGAACACGGACUAGCAGUGCCAUUACUGCGAACGCUGGCUUCACCAAAUUACAAUCUGACAAAUAAAAAGGAUGAUGGCACGAUGUUGCGAGCUGAUGACUUGCGUAAUCUGCUUUGUGAAGCCAACUGCUUCUGCAGGACGAAUUGGAAGCCGUAUAACGCAGAUAAAUGGGAUGCACCACAGGGAGGAUGUUACUUUCCGGUCGGGAUUUCUGCAAUUCAGAUGUUAGCCAAUCGAACUUGUUACCGUGAGAGAGAUGCUGUCCUUGCCCUUGAUGAAGACGCUAACAAGAACUUUUUCCUUUUGAGCGUGUUCUCUUCAAAAACCAAAUUCUGGUUGGGACUAGAAUACGACGGUAGCCAAUGGACAUGGCCGGGAGGCUACUCGGCUGGCUACACAAAUUGGGGUCCAGGCCAACCAGAUUACAGCAAAGGUAAUUGUGCCUACAUGCAGCAAUAUUCUGGAUUCUCGACUCGUUGUCAGUGCUCAUCGUUACUUUUAGGGACAGCUUACAUUUGCGAUGGCAGCUUUUCGUGCUACUCAGAUGACAACAGCCACUACUCUUGUUCUCGUCACGUAAUUCUAGCCAUCGAUGCCACACAAGAUAUGGUAACGAAAGACAAUAUCCAUGCAGAAUUCGACUUCAUCGAAAAUUGGAUGCUCCCGCAGCUCGACCUCCGGGACGGGUUUGUGUAUGUUGGAAUGACCGCCUACGGUACUCGCUCAACCACUGUUUAUGACUACAACUACAAUAGGCGGCGACUUUGUUUAAAUGUGGAAGAAAUAUGGAACAGUGUCGACAUCGAUUCAGCCAGCAAUGUAUCACUGUCAACGGACCAAGCCGAUGUGGACGCUGCCGGAGCUCAACUGGAAUACUACAUUGAAAAUCGGUUGGCGCUCAACUUCUCCGUUGUCGUAGUCAACUAUGGGAACUGCUCGUUUAGCAGUUGGCCUCAAAUGCACACAAAUGCGUACGACGCCAACACCAUCGAUCUCGACAAGCUGUCAAACUAUGUGGACGAGUCUAUUUGUGAUCUUUCUGGACCUUCCACUCCUUUAUCUACCAUACCUGAGCAACAAACGACAACUGCCAAUAUCAAGCCGACACCAGAGCCCACGCCUACGGUACCCAGUUUACCAGUGGCGAACAUCAACAACACCGGAUGCAACUGCGUUCUAAAAACGGUCUGGCUUGACGUCUUUCUUCUCAUGGAGGCUACCACAGCCAUGACUCCUGCUGGAAUAACCUCAGCAACUGACUACGUCGUGUCAGCAUUCACAAAACUAACCGUUGGACAAGCUGAACAGUAUCAAACCCGAUUUGGAGUUAUUCGCUACGCAAGCAGUGUGGAUCUGAUUGCUGAUCUGAACUUUUACAAUUCAACAGCAGAUCUAUUCGACCUUACAAUAUCGUCUUUGAACGAGACCGGCACCAAUAUCGAAGGGAGCGGUGGAUACAACGAUCCCACACAGGCAGCAAGCGCAUUUCGUGAGUAUGGCGGCACAAUCAUCACCAUUGAUUAUGUGCAAGAGCAUGGAUUAGCAGUGCCGUUACUGCGAACGCUGGCUUCACCGAAUUACAAUCUGACAAAUAAAAAGGAUGACGGCACCAUGUUGCAAGCUGAUGAAUUACGUCGUCUGCUUUGUGAAGCCAACUGCUUCUGCAGGACGAAUUGGAUGCCAUACAACGCAGACAAAUGGGAUGCACCACAGGGAGGAUGCUACUUUCCGGUCGGGAUCUCUUCAAUACAGAUGUUAGCCAAUCGAACAUGUCUCCGAGAUAAAGGUGCUGUCCUUGCCCUUGAUGAAGACGCUAGUAAGAACUUUUUCCUCCUAAGCGCGUUUUCUUCAAAAACCAAAUUCUGGUUGGGACUAGAGUACGACGGUAGCCAAUGGGCAUGGUCAGGAGGCUAUUCGACUGGCUACACAAAUUGGGGUCCAGGCCAACCAGAUUACAGCAAGGGUGAUUGCGCCUACAUGCAACAAUAUUCUGGAUUCUCAUCGGGAUGGUUCAGUGACGACUGCAACAACGACCACAAUUACAUUUGCCAGACAAGGCCAUGUGAUUCUACCAACUACUGUGCUGCUGAAUAA